CGCAGACCGGUGCGAGGCCGAGGUCUCCGCCAUACGCGCGCUAUGUGAAAGCCCCUUAACUAUUCACUCGACUAAUGUUAAUUCAAGCUAGCUUACAAAUUUAGCACACACAGUGUUGGACUUAAGCUUCAGUUAAACGAUAAAUAUGACAGCCACAACCAGCAAAGUGUGGUCAGGAAGAGGAGAUGCACCUCACUGUGUUGCCAUGUUCAGCCGUGCAGUCUCUGAACAGUCUGAAUGACCAGAUCGCAAACUUCAUGGUGACUGGGCCCAAAACCCUGGAACAGGAGGAACAUGCCUUUCGUCCACCUGAGAAGGAGACACUGCAGAAGUCUAUGACCCUGAUGAGGCACCUACUUGUGGAUGCUCAGGCAAAAAUCCUGAAAAUGAUGGAUGACAACAAGCAGCUUGCCCAGCGCAUUGAUGGGGCCAUUCAGUCAGCCAGCCAGGAGGUGACCAACCUGCGGUCCGAGCUGAGCGCCACCAGCCGCAGACUGGCCGAGCUGGGGGCAGCCGACUCUUCUGCCGGUGUGCUUGAGAACCUCCAGCAGAACCACCAUGACCCCUCUCUCCACGCGAGGCAGAAGCCAGCAGCGACUGACCUUUGUUACAAGAGUGAAAUCAGCAGCCUCAUGGACUUCAACUCUCCAGACUCCUCCCUGGACAAAGUCCUGCUGCGUGAGGAGGUGGCCCAGCUCCAGGAGGAGGUGCACCUGCUGAGGCAGAUGAAGGACAUGUUGAGUAAGGACCUGGAGGAGACCCAGGGAGGCUGCUCGGCCGACGUGCUCUCUGCCACCGAGCUCCGCGUGCAGCUGGCCCAGAAGGAGCAGGAGCUGGACCGGGCUAAGGAGGCACUGCAAGCCAUGAAAGCGGACCGGAAGCGUCUUAAGGCAGAGAAAGCAGACCUGGUCAACCAGAUGCAGCAGCUCUAUGCCACACUGGAGAGCCGGGAGGAGCAGCUCCGGGACUUCAUACGCAACUAUGAGCAGCACAGAAAAGAGAGUGAGGAUGCGGUGAAGGCGCUGGCCAAAGAGAAGGACCUGCUGGAGAGAGAGAAGUGGGACCUGCGGCGGCAGACCAAGGAGGCCACGGAGCACACGGGGAUGCUGCGCUCUCAGUUGGACCUCAAAGAAAACCGUAUCAAGGAGCUGGAGGCAGAGCUGGCCAUGGCCAAGCAGUCUCUAGCCACCCUGACCAAGGACGUGCCCAAGCGCCACUCUCUGGCCAUGCCCACGGAAACGGUCGUCAACGGCAACAACCAGGAAUGGGUGAUGCAGGCGGAUCUUCCCCUGACUGCUGCCAUCAGACAGAGUCAGCAGACCCUCUAUGUCCACACAGGACAUCCCACCGACAGACAGGUGGCUGCGGUGCGGGUGAGCCCGUGCCACUCCCGCCAGCCCUCCAUCAUCUCCGAUGCCUCGGCCAUUGAAGGAGACCGGUCGUCCACACCCAGCGACAUCAACUCGCCGCGUCACCGGACCCACUCACUCUGCAAUUCCCUAGAAGAUCUGGAGGAGGCGAAGCGUAAGAAGAAGAAAGAGAAGAUGGGGCUGGGCUCGCUGUCGCGUGUCUUCGCCCGGGGCAAGCAGCGCAAGUCCCUGGAUCCUGGUUUGUUUGAUGGUACUUCAACCCCUGAUUACUACAUAGAAGAAGAUGCAGACUGGUAAAACAAAAAUACAUGUCUGAGCAAAACACCUGGAGAGCCUUCGUGGCAAUUAGUGGAAGAGGGCAUAGCGUUGAUGUCUGCGUGUGUAUGCGUGAGCGUGGGCGAGCGCCGGCGUCAGUGUGUAUGGACAUAAUUGUGUGUAUGCAUUCUCACAGGCAUACACGCAGAUGUGUGAGUGUGUGUGCAUGUAUGUGUAGUCCAUGGUCAGAGGCCAUGUCAGAAGCCUGAGGCGCGUCUUGCUUCGCUGAAGUGUAAAUCUUACGAGCAAAUUGCACCUGUAUGUAUGUACAGUACUGUAAAUAGAGUGGGCAGUGUCACACAGCUAAGAUGUGGAUAUGUUCUCUUGUAUCUGCCCUCCAAAAUGGCUGUGUCAUUGGUUCUUUUAAUUGUUCUUUACAUUCUGACUUUUAUUGUUUUCAAUCAACUGGAAACUUGAAGGACUGCUGUACAUGUAAAUAACAGUUGAUGUGCACUUUGUGCUUGUAAAUGUCUCUUUGUCCUGAAUGCCUUUUGUUAUUUUGGACAUGCGCCCACCCAACCCUUUCCCUCACUACCUUUUAACUUAAACUCCUCCUUGUUUAUUGUCCUGCUUGGUCAUCCCCUUCCACACUGCCAUGAUGAGAUCAGUUUCCUGUAGGCAACAUGCAGACUCCUCAAAUCCACCUCCAAUUUGGUUGUACCAUGCCUUCCUCAACGCCCAACAAAACUGCAGAGACACUCCUUGAUGUUUGCUUCAAUCAGACUUCAAAGACACCGCUAAGCAAGGAUUGAGCUUUCUCUGCAGAACUAUUUGUUUCAUUGCAACAUGAAGCCAAACAGGAAAUGUAAGAAACUGACCAAUGUGUUUACUAUCUGUUAAGAAGCAUGUGUGAUAUGCAUGCAUGUAGCCCUGGUACCUAACUGCAUGGUGAACAAGACCUUUACCCUAUUAAAAAGAAAUGUCUUCUCCUGGAUAUGCUGUUGCAACAGUGAGAGAUUGUUAAAAAAAAAAAAAAAGAAGAAAAAGAAAAAAAGAAGAAAAAAGAGAGGUCAGUUACUGAUUUUGUGAUGCCCAUUAUUGAUUUUCGUCCAUUUCCAAUGAAAUGAUAAGAUUCACCGAGCUGACCAUGUGUUAUUCAGAAAUGUUCUGAUUAGUUUCAAAGGGAUCAUCAGCCUGAACGAAAAAUUUAAAAAGGUUCUUUGAAUCUGCACUUGAAAGGCGCACCAUUUGAAAUUACAUUGCAUAAAAAUUAGGAAAGAUCAGUGAAGUAAAGGACCGCACCCGUGGUGUUUUAUGUUUUAGCCCAUUUACUGAAAUUCAAAUAUACUUGACAUUACUACUCACUGUUUUCCAAAUCAUACUUGUAGAGGACUGGAUUUAUUUUUCCCAGCUUCGAGGCAGGGCAGCAAACAAAAAAAGAACUCACAGCCUUUCAGACCUCUCAGGCUGUGGUGCUGGGUGUAGAGCUCCUUAUCUUCAAGAAGAGAAGGAAAAUACUCCCGCAUACACAGAAAUAGACUCUGCAUUUUAUUCCUUGUCUUGUCAACACUCUGCUCUUCUGACCUUUCUUAAGACAUUUAAAAUCUACAGCAGAGUCACAGUCUUAUAUCACCUUUGCACAAUUACAUGAAGUAUCCACACCGUAGGCUAAUUAACCUCACCCCUAAUGAGUGCAGCUAGAGGAGGUGUGGCACGCAGCAAGGCACCAAAAAGAAACAGCAAGAUUCAGUGAUAUUUUAUGUUAAAUUAUUGAUGAGGAUUUUCCUGUGGCACUGAUCCCCGACUUCUAGGCAGUCACAUUUUCCAAUUCAUUUCAGUAUGAAAAAUAACCUCGCCGAGACGUUAAUUUAUUUAUUUAUGUCCAAGUUACUUUAUCAUUGCAUCAUACUUGAGCUGAAUGUCCACAUUGAUUUGAAAUGUCUUCUGGUGCAUUCAUAUGCUGAUGAGAAGCUCCGACAUCCGGGAUUUUAGAGUCGCCUGCCAAACAGAAUUGCAUUCAUGUGCUGUUUGGCAGUAAAUCAAACCUAGAAGACAAACAGUAAGCAAACAUGGAUUUGGCUAAAAGUUAUGAUUGCCUGGCGAACUCCAAGUAGAACUUUGAUUCUACAGAUUUUUUGAUAAAACAGAAUGCAUCAUUCCUCUUCGUUGUACUCCCCAGCAAUAUAAUGUACUCCUUCAGAAAAUACUUGCUGAACAAAUUGUUUUAAGCGCUGCAUUAAAAUGUUGACACAAGAACAUUAAGGUAGGUUUAUCACCUGAAUGUCUGAAUUUAAAACGAAAAUAAGGAAAAUUAUUUUUAAAAAUCAACUAUGGAACGCUUUGAAAAAUGGUCAGUAGUAAUGUAAAGUAAGUUAAUGGUCAUAGCCAGCUCUUGUCUCAUCAUUAAAUCCUAAUUAUUUCACUUGUUCAAGAGAAUGGAUGUUACAAUAGUGUAGUUGAUGUUCAUUUUCGUUAGAGUAGUGUAUUGAAAGGUUUUGAAAUAAAAUUAUACUGGAAAAAGUAGUUUUAUAAAUCAUUCACACCUGUUAUCACAUAAGAAAACAAAAACUUAAACCUGAAAUUAAUUGCGGUCACUUUUAAUUCAUACUAGAUAUUAGAAUGAUCGUCGAGACUUAACUAACCCUCAGCAAUUCGAUCCUUUUACUAGAAAAGUUGUAGCUUCAGUUUAGAGGCCCGCUCGCGGAGUAGAUGUUAAAUAAACCAUUUAGAGCGGUGACAAGUGCCAUCCCUGGAGGUUUAAAACCAAAUUUAAGCAGGCUAAUCAAACUGAUGCAAAUGUAUACCUUUUUCCCAUGACCCCAUGAACUCGUCUGAAAUUCUCAUGCAGAGUUCAGGCCAUUGCUCAAAAAAGCAAUUAACUGUGUGCCAAAGGUUAAUAGUGUUUCUCCAAGCAGAAGAAUUACCAUAGAGUCGGAUUAUUUUCAUCCUUUCUUUGGAUUUAGCCGGAGUCUGCACUGCCCCCCAGGAAAUCUCUUCUCUCCCUGAUAUUUAACUAACACCAGGUUUUUGUCAGCCUCACCUGAAACAGUAUAGAGACACAGAUUACAUUAGAACUGUAUUUAACCACAAUGCUUGUCAAAACACAGCCCAUAUUAGCAGUGAGAGGAUUAUGAUUUAAACCUUAGCUCAACCCACAUAUGGACUCAGAGAUACUGGAUAUAGAGGUAAUUCAAUAAGUUAGCUCAAACAUAAAUCAUAAAAUGAAGCGUAUAAGAAUAAUGGCAGGUUUCUCAACCUGUUCAACUCAAUCACGCAUCUUCAUUUAAUCAUUAGUAAGCUAGAUGUAAACCAUGGAUAACUUUUUUCAUUCAACCAACAGUGAUAAUCCUCUCCUGAUAAAAAAUACCAUAUCGAAUGAAAACUGUAUCGUUUUAUGUUUUGAGCCAAGGUCUCUCUCAUGUUAUGUUUUUUUUCCCUCUAAUAUUUUACUUUUUGUAAAUGAGAUAACAUUACAGAAAUGAAAUUAUUAUUAUUAUUAUUAUUAUUAUUGUUAUUAUUAUUAUUAAAGAGUUUUAUUUAAAGUCAAAGAUGUAGGCCUCGUCGGAGGACUUCUAUUUUGAAGUCCUGAGAUGUUUAGAAGUGAAUAGUAGCAGAGAACUUUUAAAGGCAUGGAAACAAAAUUACACUCAAAGAACUAAAUGAGAAAAUAAGAUUAUUUUAAAAUAAAAUAAAUGACAUUGAA